AUGGAGACCGUCUUCAUUACCAUCCACGAUCUAUCCCAGGAUGCCCGAAUCAGGUACUGUUCCGAUUCGGUCGAGGACAUACUGGGUUACUUUCCUCAUGAGGUGACGGGGAGAGCAUGCUGGGACUACUUUCACCCAGACGAGAUCCCCUUUGCACGGGCAGUUCAUGACCGUGGCAUCAGUCUUGACAAGGCGGCUGUUAUGAACUAUUGCCGCAUCAGGCACAAGGAUGGUCAUUGGGUCGGUUGUGAAUGCGUGUUCACCGUGGUUCAUGAUGUCCUUGUCGCCAGUACUGCGAUCUACCGCCGGGGGCCAAAAGCAAGACAGAGAGCGCUAGACGGAGCUGGGAUCCGACGAAUCUUUUCCUCUUCCCCCCGGGAUCCCAGGUACCACAUGUUGUCGUAUCUGUCCAGCAAGUUCUACGAUGAACCAUCUGCUCAUACCCCGGAGCCGAGGGCGGCACUCUUUCUCAACCGCUUCUCACGUACCUCCACCGUCAUGUACGCCACAAAUGGCGUCGCCGCAAUCUUAGGUCUCCAGCCAUCAGACUUGACUGGAAGGAGCUUCUACCAUUGUAUUGAACAAGUGUGUCUUCAAGAUGCCGUCAAAUGCAUUGAAAGCGCCAAAGCUAACGACUCUAUUGCCUACCUGAGAUUCUGGUACCACAAUCCUCUCCAAGAAACUGAUAGGCCUGACGGCGAGUCCAUUGGUGACGAGAGUGACGAAGACGACGACGGUGGUGUUCCUCUAGGGGCUGACACGCGCUCUGGUUCUGGUUCUAGUGUCUCGAUGGGGGAUGCUCCCACUCCUCGCCAGACUCAAGCUGCCGCACAGGUCACUGAUUCUCAGGCGCAGAGCGCUCCUGGAGAGGCUUCUAAUUCUCAAGUCGAUGGAGUUGUACAGCCCCCCGGAAAUGGGGCGCCUGAUGUUCAAGUGAACGGUCACGAUGACAGUCAUGCAUUGGCUUCCGGUGCAGGCACCGAUAUUGUUGUCAACGAGAAUGGGGCAGAGUCCGACCCCGAACCUCAUCAGGUUUCAGCUCCACAACAGACCGAGGCAGCAAAUGUCAAUGGAGAACGACUGGAGCUUGAAGCCGUAGUUUCCUGUACAUCAGAUGGACUUGUUGUCAUUCUUCGCCGUGCGAAACCAUUGGUCCCACAUACUCUUGGAGCGACCGAGGCGCCAUUUUACGCCAACGGACUGUUUGCAUCUCCCUGGGCUCCGGAGCCGGUCAUGCCUCCCACUAUACAGCAAACGACUGUGGCUCCCGCUACUUCUUUCCCAAUGACGGACCCGUCCAAGUCUGAUUUUAUGAAUACCAUUCGAGAAGUUGCAGUUUUUGCUUGGUCACUUACGGGCAUCAACGGUUCUGUCGCGCAGUAUGCUCGAGGCACAGCCUCUCCGGAGGCAUUGCCUCCAGACGGUCUUCCUAUCUGGGACCCUAAUGCCCAUGUUGACUCAAAAGCGAAUGAGUUGUAUAACGGCUUCUUGGGCAGUGCACAUCGCCCAUUUGCCGACUCUGCCGGGUCAAGUGGCAUGAAGAAAGACGAGGAUCUGGGCAGCAGUGAUGAUGAAGUGCUCUGGAAGAGAGCACCAACAAUGACGCCCUGGAGACGACCCAAGAGAAGAGCUCAUCAGGAUGCCUUUGGGGGAGAAGGGAAUGAUGGAGUGGAUGGCGGCAAUGAGGAUGGCAGGAGAAAGAAAACAACAAGGUCGCAUUCCAGUUCGGGGCCCAGCACAGGUUCUGGCGGAGCCUCUGCUGCAGGCUCUUCUUCUGGCUCUGCUGGAUAG